AUGGACUUCAAGGCUGCGACUGCAUUUUUGGCUCUUCUCUUGGUCUCUGCAACACUGACAGAAGGAGCUUCUUUGUCCCGGGUAGGUCUUGAACUUCGGUGUCAAUGUAUAGAAACCUAUUCUAAUCCCAGCCUCCGUGGACACAUUGCAAGUGUCAACUUGAUCAAAAGUGGGCCACAUUGCAGUAGCAUUCAGGUCAUUGCAACUCUUAAGGAUGGCAGACAAGUGUGCUUGGACCCCACUGCACUCUGGGUGAAAAGAGUCAUCACAAAUCUUCUGGAAAAGUGUACCUAUAUGUUGUAA